CGGCGGGGGCGGUGCGGCGGGGACGGGCCCGGGGCGGUGCGGCGGGAGCCGGGCCCCGAGUGAGCAGCGGGGCGGCGGAGGGGAGCGGCGCCAUGUCCCUCGGCGCGCCCGCCGGCACCGACGCCUGCCUGAGCAUCGUGCACAGCCUGAUGUGCCACCGGCAGGGCGGGGAGAACGAGACCUUCGCCAAGAGAGCCAUCGAGAGCCUGGUCAAGAAGCUGAAGGAGCGGAGGGACGAGCUCGAGUCGCUGCUCGCUGCCGUCACCACCAGCGGAGCCCACCCGAGCAAGUGCGUCACCAUCCAGCGCACCCUGGACGGGCGGCUGCAGGUGGCUGGCAGGAAAGGCUUUCCCCACGUCAUCUACGCGAGGCUGUGGCGCUGGCCGGACCUGCACAAGAGCGAGCUGCGGCCGGCAGGGUUCUGCCGCUUCGCCUUCCACCUGAAGCAGGACACUGUCUGCGUCAACCCCUACCACUACGAGCGCGUCCUGGCCCCCGCCGCCGGUUUGAGCAUCUCAAGCACAGGUGAGACCCUGGCGCGGGGCCGGCUGGGAGCACCCCCAGAGCCAGCGUCCCCCCCCGGCAGCGGGUCCCCGUGUCCCCCAUGGUCUCCGGUGUGUGUGGUCCCCCCUCGCCCAGUGUCCCCCCCGCGCCUGGUGAAGGAGGAGUUUGUCCAUGACUGUGUGCAGAUGGAGAUGACGCCCGGCCGGGAGCAGGGCGGCAAAGGGGCUCCAUGCCUGCCCCCCACCGAGGGUUACCAACAGCAGCUGCCCCCCCUGCAGCUGCCCAAGUGCCCCCAUGUGCCUACCAGCUUCUGCCCCACGCUGCCCAUGGCACCCCCAGUGGCUCCUGGUGGCUCCCUGCCGCCGCUGCCCCACGGCGAGAGGUUGCUGCAGGUCGCCUGCUCCACACCAGCCCCGGCACAGCCCUCCCCGCAGAACGGCUGCCCCAAACCCCCCUGCCACAUGAGCUGGACCAGAGCAGGAAUCUACACUGAGCCACAGCCAACCCCCACAGCACCUCCCAGCACCCAGGGCCACCCACGGUCCCCACUGCACCACCCCAACCACUACUGGCCCCCACAGCAGCACUAUGCACCCUACCAGCAGCCAGUGUCCACCCACCCCGGGCCGGAGUUCUGGUGCUCCAUCGCCUACUUUGAGAUGGACGUGCAGGUGGGGGAGACCUUCAAGGUGCCCUCCAGCUGCCCUGCGGUCAUCGUGGAUGGCUACGUGGACCCCUCGGGGGGGGCUCGAUUCUGCCUGGGGCAGCUCUCCAACGUGCACCGCACCAGCGCCAGCGAGAGGGCACGGCUGCACAUCGGGAAGGGGGUGCAGCUGCAGUGCCGAGGCGAGGGCGAUGUCUGGCUGCGCUGCCGCAGCGCCCACGCACUCUUCGUCCAGAGCUUCUACCUAGACCGCCAGGCUGGCAGGGCCCCUGGCGACGCCGUCCACAAGAUCUACCCCGGGGCAUACAUCAAGGUCUUUGACCUGCGGCAGUGCCACCGGCAGAUGCAGCAACAGGCGGCCACUGCCCAGGCUGCCGCCGCCGCUCAAGCCGCCGCCGUUGCCGGCAACAUCCCGGGGCCCGGCUCGGUAGGAGGCAUCGCUCCGGCUGUGGGGCUGUCGGCAGCAGCAGGCAUCGGCGUGGACGACCUGCGGCGUUUGUGCAUCCUGAGGCUCAGCUUCGUCAAGGGCUGGGGGCCAGACUACCCCCGGCAGAGCAUCAAGCACACCCCGUGCUGGAUUGAGGUACACUUGCACCGAGCCCUGCAGCUGCUGGACGAAGUCCUGCACACCCUGCCCAGCGCCGAGCCCGGCCCCCUGCGCUGAGCCCCCUCCCGUAACUUAACUUUUGUAAGAAAAAAAACAAAUCCGAAAAAAGUGGAAAGCACCGAAAAA